AUGAAUACUCAAAAUACAAAUUCUGUUACACAUUAUAACUGCUUUCAUUUAUUAAUUGUCGUCGUACUCCUAAUAAUUAUUGCUUUUCUGACUGCUAUCCCCAAAAAUAAUGGCUUAUUGCAUAAACGCAUCGAACAAGACAGACAAAAUGUUCUUGAUGAUUGCCGUUAUAUAUAUAUUGAUUUGGGAACAAAUAUUGGUAUCCAAAUUAGAAAACUUUAUGAACCCAAAUUAUACCCAAAUUCACCAGUUCUUCCACUGUUUCAAAAAAUAUUUGGAAACCAUUCAGCACAAGUUUGUUCUGUUGGUUUUGAAGCAAAUCCUAUCCAUACUGCAUAUCUUAAAAAAUUUGAAAAGUACUGUUGGCAACGUAAUUGGAAAGUCAAGAUUUAUACAUCCACAGCUGUUAGUACCAUUGAUGGUAAUGUGACAUUUUUCACUUCAUGGGGACAAGAACGACAUUAUGAUUCGGGAGCAAGUCUUUCCUUUCAUAAAAGAAAAAAAAAUGUAACGAUACAAGCCAUUGAUCUUGUUUCGUGGUGGAAACGUGAAAUUCACAACCGAAAAAGACCCCCCGGAUCUCCGGCGUCACGGAUAAUGAUGAAAAGUGAUAUCGAAGGGCAUGAUAUGACCGUAAUUUCACAUUUGAUUUUGCAUGGCAUUUAUUGUUCAAUUGACCUUAUUUACGGUGAACAUAUUUCUAAAGUAUACAAAGAAUCGAUCAAAACUAUUCAACGACACUCAACAUCGUGUAAAGCAGAACUGAUUUUGUUGGAUGAUGAACGUUAUAAUACGCAGAAAUUGCCAUUUAGGAUUUAA